UUGUUUUAUUGGCAUAAAAUCGUUUAUAGGAAAAAGACACUUGUGACUUCUGAAGGAUAUCGGUCUUGGUACUUUACUAUCAAACUUAUUAAAUGGAUUAACUAGUUUUCAAUACUAGGGAUUUGUAUACAAAUGUAACUAGCGAAACCUUAAAAAGAGCAUUCGUUUGAAUGAGAAAAUAAACCAUCUAUACACUUAUUACGAAUUGAUAUAUGCGAUAGAUUGGAUAGUAAUCUUGUUUGCUACCAGUGUAUUGAUAAAUAACAUUAUAUGUGUGUAUGAUCGCGUAUCAAUGUGUGCAUCAUACUAAAAUGGUAUUAUUAUCUUUAUAAAGUUUAAUGUCCGUUUAAGGAAAAGACGACACUGGGAUUAAUUUCUUUCGCAAGUGCACAUUGUUCGGAGAUUGAAAGACUUGAAGCUCAAAAAAAGGAUUUAAGCUGUGGGUGCUGAUUCGUCCGGAGUUGAUGUGACAUUUAAGUGUAAAAUCCGGAGCCAAGACGUAUUCAACUCAACUCUCCGGUUUAGAUUGCAAACUUGAAACGUGUCUGGAUUAUUAACGCGUCAAUCACAGACGGCUCACGUGGCUUCAAUAGUGAAUGUUAUAAUUUUCCUUAUCGGUAGCUCUACACUUGUUCGGAGAUUUAAAGAAUUGACGCCAAAGUUACUUCUUCUAAGCUGUAGUAAAUGACGUAACGUAUUCUUAUAUCAACAAACUAUAAUUGAUCAAAACAUUUUAACGAAGAUAUACUAUUGAAAUCAUCAUUUAAAUUAAGGGGAUUAACAUAUGUACCUGUUUAAAUCGACAAUUAUAAACCACUAGUUUUACAAGUCAGUUGAUCCAAUGCGAUUUAAUGUCCUCUAGUGUAUAGCUUAUUCGAAGUUUACAACGCUCACUUCGGUCUUUCGAUCGAAAAGAAAAAGGAUUUAAGUUGUGGCUGCUGAUUUGUCUAGAGUUUGUGUGACAUAAGUAUAAAAUCCGGAUUCAAAGACGUGUUCAACGCAACUCUCCGGUUUAGAUGCUGUGGAAUUAUUGCAAAUGGAGAAGUGUCCGGAUAAUAGACGGGUCAGUCGAAGGCGCCUUACGCUGGCUUUAAUAGUGGAUGUUAUACUUUUUCUUAUAGUGGGAAUCCCGGUUCUUUACUUGUUCCUUCAUGGCCAGCCCUUUAUCAGGGGCUUCCAUUGUGAUGACCCCUCCAUCUCCCUUCCCUACCGACCCGACACCAUAAGUACACCUGUACUUAUCUUCACCGGCUUCGGGACUUCUAUCUUCUGUGUCGUUAUCGUGGAGGUUUUAAACGCCAUCAACAGGAAGUGCCUACGCGCAUGUCCCACGCGCGAAGAUUUCUGGUUCAUUGUUAAGGGCUACUCGGUGUUCGUCGUCGGGUUUGUGAUUCAAGAACUGUUUGUCGAAUUUGUGAAGAGACAGCUUGGAUUCUUGAGGCCCAACUUCAUGGACGUGUGUCGUCCGCAGUUCAACAGAUCACUAUGCCCCGCCUACAUUACCGAGUACACGUGCAGCGGAAGCGACCACGACGCCGACGAGAUUCGUGACAGCCGACAGUCAUUUCCAUCCGGGCAUUCAGCGUUCUCCAUGUACAUCGCAGUUUUCUACUGUUUUUACAUACAGAGACGACUCAUCAUCAGUUUCUCACGAAUUCUGAAGUUCUUCCUGCAAGCUGCUCUAGUCUUCACUGCAUCCAUAUGCGGCCUGAGUCGUAUCAAGGACCACAAACACCAUGCCUCUGACGUCAUCGUCGGAUUUAUCGUCGGGGCAGCAGUUGCCGUCUUUGUGUAUAAGCUUCUGGCGGAAAACCUGCUUUCCACAUCUUUAGAGGAUGACGUCAGCAAAUCAUCCAUGUCAACAUCGACAGUGUCACAUGACUUAUUUUGCACAUGCGCAACACCACCAUCUUCAAAUGUCGAAUCUCAUACGCCCGCCCCAUUACUACGAAACGAGUACUUUAAUGACGUCCCAAACACUCUCGACAAAGGCAAGCAUACGUCGUUAAAACUUAAAAUGAGUUCUCCCGUUCGUCGGCCUUUGUCAACACCAGUAACUUUAUCAUCUCAUCAAGAACUGGUUUGAAUUUACACACGUGUUUUAUGUAAGUUUAACUGACCUCGUGUAGGACAGAGAAUUUGUUCUUAAUGAAGAAGACCGUUACGAAAUUUGUUAAUCUGGUUGAAAGAACGUUUCUUACAAAAAUUUAAAGCACGCUUUAACGUUGUACAACGGUUGUGUGGUUUUGAGAGCUGAAUAUUUCACAAUGACUACCAAAGGUUGCACAUUUGAUCGGACACUCGUGAAGUUCAAUAGUUGUCUGGUUGUGUCAGCUGACUGUGCCACACAGAUGACUUACAAGGCUUCAUCCAUAUAUGGCAGUUUUGCAUUGGCUGUAUGCAGAAGAUCCAAUAACAGACCGGUGUCUGGCAGACAUUGCAAUGUGGAUACGAAUUAUACUUGCAUACAUUGACUAUAAUUCCUCAGAGGGCGAGUGGUUGGCACGUCGUAUGACCCAGCACAUUCAUGCACAUUUAUGCUAUACAUAUAGUAUAUGAUGGCAGAUGAAGUGGCGAUUAAAGGCGUUAGAAAUGAGUGAAGUGGAAGGAUCGGUCGAUUUCUUCAUAUUGAACUUCCCGACUUUGUUUUGUCCGAUUAUUCUGAUUGCUUGUUUUAUUUAUAGAAUUUAAAAAAAAGAUGUUUGUCUAAAUAAUAAAUUAAUAUUUUGGGCUUCUAUUGAACGGAAAAUAUAUCUGGAUGGUCUUUUUCAAUACAAUAAACAAAAAGGCAAUGACUGUGUAUUAUCAUGGUAUAUUACGUUUUAUACGUGGGUUUCUUUAACAUCUCUUAAGAACGCACACUUGUAAUAUGCGGACUAGAACAAAAAUUGUAUUUGUUAAAUUUAUGACCUAACAGCUUAAUGCUACAAUUAUCCCUUAAAAGAAAAUUAAUAUUAAGAUAUUUCGUAAAUUGUGUGAACUUUACACAUAAAAAAUCUCAAAAAUAUUCGAUUAAAAAAAACGGAUGCGGGGGGGGGGGAUAAAAAUAUCGGGCUCUUUUGAUUUGUACAUUUUUUUUUUAUUUCAUUCAAAUAUUUGUAGUAGCUGCAUAUCCGAAUAUUUUUUUAUUAACAAUAAUGUGAUGGCUCUAUUCGUCAUAUUGUAAGUUUAUUCGUAAGAUUUGGUUAUGACUAGGCCUUGACAUUUAUUCACAAAGGCAAUAUACAUAUGUUGUUCACAAAUCAACGAAUUAGUGAAAUUUCAUGCGAAAAGCCAUUUAUUAAAUUGAUAUACCGCAAUAAUAAAUAUGUAAUCAUGAUAAGAAAAUAGCCCGCAGCGACAGUAGCAUUUACUUUAGAUUAAUACUUAAUAUGUUAGACUGCGCUUAUUAUGCAAUUAUUUAUCGUCUACAAUUUCAAUUUGUAUGUUCAGUGUUUUGCCUUUUAUAUUUGACUUGAAUGAAUA